GACCAUCAAGUUUGCGCGCGUGAGUCUGGACUCGUAUUCGUCCUUGCCAGAUCAGAAGCUACAAGCCCAAAGCUACUCGCACAUGAGCGGGGUGAUGGGUGUUCGUACGCGUUUUUGUGCCAAACGCGCACAGCGAGGAACGAGCGAGGGAACAUAUGUAACGAGGAAUUUAUGCAACUGCGCGACUGAAAAUCUUGACGAGAGUAUUCUCGCGGCCUUGACCCGUUCUUCCUUCUACCUCAUUUCAGCGCUGCUCCUUUAAACCCGACCUUGCACGCGUCGCGCUUCUUUGUAAAAAAUCACUCGUUCUUAACGCCAAGCGACGUCGCGUCACACCUUCUGCUUCACGCCGAUGAAAUGUCUCUUCUUCUUCCCGACUCCGAGACGGGCGGUGCGACGACGUCGCGCAAUCUCGUCCGCACGAUGCUUUUCGCACGAUGUUUUUCCCGACGAAGCGCAUCGAAUGCGUCACUACUUGCACGCAGUCACCUGUUAGCGCGAGACCGAUUGUCUCGUAAACACCCCGUGAACGAGACCGCCCGCACGCGCGAAUCAAACGUUUUUGCUCGAAUUCGUGAUGGAAUUCGCGCAGCGCACGUUUCCCGAAGCACGACAGCCUGCAUUCGUCUUUCGCCGUGCGCCUUGUACAUAACGCAUCUUCAAUCGGACUGAAGUUGCGCGGAAAUGUCCAAAUGCGUCUGACGAUUUCGCACAAGGAUAUAUCGCAUGUUUACGAUGCGUCCUGCGCUUCGUGCGUCCUGCUGAAAUGGAUGUCUCACGAAAAGUAUCAAUAACCGACUCGACAACUGCCGCGGACACUUUGAACCAUCCGCCCGGCCGCGAAGCGACCGGAGAGCGACAAGGGGAUCGCAAUUUGUUCGCUGAAAAUGCUGAGCCGUAUUUCAAGCCCUGGCGUGUUUUCAUCAAUCACAUCGACAGCUAUCACGGAACGUUAUUAGCCGACGUGAGUAUUAGCGGCCCUUUACGCACGCAAAUUGUGUUGUCGGACUCCGCGUACGUCGAUCCGUGGAGUGCGCGCGCGGCCGCCCCGGCGGACGAGGAUGGCGAGGAAUUCGAGGACGAAGGCGACGAACACGCGGGGAGGGACGAGGGAGAAGAAAAAAGAAAGCGGCCGGACAAGAGCGCUGAAGUUUCGAGAAAAUACGAAGUGAUCGGUACAGUUCUGGACCGCGAGGUAAUAUCCUCCAGCGUUCUGUCCUUCCUUCUCCUGUUCGCUUUAAGUUUGAUUAAUGGCGCUUUCUCGCCGCUCGGAGAUUAACGAGUCCGCCUUUAUCGAGCGUCACCUUCGAUUUUUCGACGCGUACCUUCAUUGUUCUAUCCCGCACUCGGCCAAUACUGACGACGGCGUGCAGCUGAUCGAUGCGUGUUAUCGUUAUCUUCGCAUCGCGUGCAUAUCUCUGUAUAUUUAACGUUAGAUCGUGUCGCGUCACGACACGUCUCGUCUCGUCUCGUCUC